GCAGUUUUCAAAAUGGCGCGCUACAGGAACGAAUGAAUGAGAUCAACAUCCGAUUACGACGCACGUGAGAAUAACGCUACACUACAAAAUACAGAUUGAAUUGAAGGUCUAGAGUCGACUGACUUACAGGGAAUACAGCACAUCUAUCAGCACCAAGUACACCCGCAAGGGCAACAGCAAAGAUGUCAAAGCGAAGAGCAGGAAUGGAGCUUACCCAUGACAAUUGGGACCAAGAGGAGGAGGAGGCCGAGGAAGCUGGGACUUUUAGCGUUGCUGACAAGGACACCUUAUCCAGACGCCCGAUGAUCAAAGCUAAGAGAAGAGUCACAGAAAAACAACAGGACGAGAGUGAGCCCGCAGCACAGACGCCGUUCGCUGCUUUUAAAGGAUUCUCCGGAUUUGGAAGUGCCACACAACAGACUUCAACCGCCUCAUUCGGCUUCAAACCGGUUUCAACCGCUUCCCCCACUGCACCCGUAACACAGAGCACAGUCUCGUUCGGUUCCGCAGCGUCAUCCAACACAGUCAAACUUCAGGCUAAGACAACCUUCAGCUUCAAACCAAGCGCAGAGUCGCAACCAUCCACAAACAUGUUCACAUUAGGCAAGACAGAUAUGGACCCCAAGACCUCGUCAAACGGGAGUUCUUUAUUCUCUAAAUCGGAAAAUGGCGGCAAGGGGACGGAUGCGUACGCCGAUGAAAUUAGGGCGUUGAAUCGGUCUGUGAGCGCGUGGAUUCAGAAACAUGUAGAGGGCAAUCCUGUUUGUGACUUGACGCCUAUUUUCGAGGACUAUAAGAAGCAUCUGGGAGAGAUCGAAGAGAAGCAAGCAAAGGGGAAAGAAGGAGGAGGAGGAGGGGAGCAGAGUAAAACGAAACCACAGCUCGCCACAGUCAGCCCUCUAUCGACAGAGCAAGGGAAGUCUUCCAGCACAACAGCAGUAUCAUUCACAGGAUUCAAGUUCGCUGGAACUCCAGCAGCUGCAGCAGAAAGCGAGAAGGCGCCGUCAGCUCCGAAAGUCAGUUUCGGCUUUGGGGCUGCAUCCUCCGAUAACAAGGGCUUCAGCUUUGGGGCCGCAACCUCCGAUAACAAGAGCUUAGGCUUUGGGGGCGCUUCUUCCGAUAACAAGAGCUUAGGCUUUGGGUCAUCAUCGUCGUCCUCUUCGACGUCGGGAUCGAUGGCAGGCAAGUUCUCUUUCGGAGACUUGACCAAAGCUGCCCCUUCCAGCCAAGUCAAGAAGGAGGAAGAGGAGGAAUCAGAUGAACCUCCAAAGGUCGAAGUGAAAGUGAUUGAGGAGAAGGACUCCCUCUAUUCCACAAGAUGUAAAAUAUUUUACAAGAAAGAAUCAGAGUUCAAGGAGAGAGGAGUAGGAAUGCUGCACAUCAAGGAUACGGGAGGGUCUGCCCAGCUUCUCAUCAGAGCCGAUACGACACUUGGAAAUGUCAUCUUGAACGUCGGCGUUACGUCCGGCAUGCUGCCCCACUUCACCAAGCAAGGCAAGAACAAGAAUAACGUCAUGAUGCUUUCUCCCCUAAACCCACCGGCCGAUAAAAAGUGCCCCAAGUGCAAAAAGAACUAUCUGAACCCCCAGGAAAGCACGGCCUGUGAGGAGGGCUGCAAUCCCGACGCCACCCCUCUCCUGCUCCGCGUCAAGACUGAGGCGGACGCCGAUAAGCUGAUUGAACAGAUCAAGAAGAUCUGCGAAGAUUAGCUGGUCUUUUGGAUUUAGGAGAUAUGCGAGGAUUAACUGAUGGAGGAAAUUAGGAAGAGAUUAGGAGGUUCUGCAAGGUUUAAAUGAUUUCAAAGAUUUAGAAUGUAUAUUUCAAUAAUAACUUCUUUUAUGAAGCCCCUUUUGAUAAGA